AUGGCAGCUUACUUUCAAAAAGACGUUGCUGUUCAGGUGAAGAAUAAUGGUGGACUCUAUCCGAUGAAAGGUGUCUUUGAAGCUCCAAGCAUCCCUGCCCUUCUCGUUAAUCAUGAAGCGAGGAAGGAAGCUCAACACCACAUGAGCAAAUCAGCGAUGUUUGGAUCCUUCUCCUUCAACAAGCGAUCCGACACCCUACACUUAUUUUUCCCCCUUCAGUUCUGGCCUGCAUGGUUAGACUUCGGAGAAAGCAGUCCGCUAUCUUCUCUGAAAGUUACCCACCUCGUACUCAAUGGAUUCUUCUUCCGCAGAUUUCUUGGAAUCGAUAAUUUCCUCAUCGAACAACUCGAACGUCGCACUCAUCAAUUCUUUACGAUCCUCUCGACAAUGUCAGAGUUGCAGACUAUCUCUGUACCCACCACCGGAAAGGAUAUAUCCUCGCGCACCAAAGACGGUAAUCAGACAGAGACUGAUGCUCAGAAGAUGGUAAAUUUCAAACUUAUCGAUAAUACUUAUCAGAAAAUGGCGGAAGACUUUCAGGAAAAGUAUUGCCCGAAGUGGGAGAUACCAACUUUGAUCUAUCUAGACGACCAAGCGAGCAAACCGAAUCACUUUUCCGCGGACGAAUAUUAG